AUGCAUUUUAGUUUGACAAAACGUGACAGUUGUGAAGGAUCAAUGUUACUUUAUAGAACCCUUGGAAAUUUAUUUGAAAAUGGAGUUGACUUAGAUUUGAGCAAACUUUAUCCAACAAUUGAAUUUCCUGUAUCAAGAGGAACUCCAAUGAUUGCACCAUCAAUAAAAUGGAAUCAUGCUGAAUCAUAUUACACUACAAAAUAUGACAGUAGAACUUUCAAUGAAAAAGUUUUUAAUUUGUCUGAUACAGAGUUUGAAUUCAUCUCAGGACAUGAGGUCGAUGGACGUAUUCUAUUUCCAGCUACAGGGUAUAUAUAUUUGGCAUGGAAAACACUCGCAGCUCAAUUAAGAGAAAAUUUUGAAACUUUUGAUGUCGAGUUUGAAGAUAUCAAAUUCAUUCGAGCAUGUCAAGUUCAGAAGGAUCGCGACCAAAAAUUGACAGUUUUUGUGCUUCCAGAAACUGGUCAUUUCCAAAUAAGUGAAAAUAAUUUAACACUUGUUACUGGAAUCGUUCGUCCUUGUGAUAAUUCUAAAAAAUUAACUGAAAUUGAAACAGAAGAAUCAAAAGAUGAAGUUGUGGAACUUGAGUCUGCAGAUGUGUAUAAGGAACUUCGUCUAAGAGGCGCUCUCUAUAAAAACAUAUUUAGAUCAGUUAUUUCAGCUAAAAUGGACAGUUCAAGUGGAAAAAUUAAAUGGCAAUCAAAUUGGGUUGCAUUCCUUGAUUGUAUACUUCAAGUUCGAAUUGUGUCAAAGGAUACAAGGUCACUUGAAGUUCCUAUUGCUAUUAAAAAAGUGAUCAUUAAAAAAAAUGAACACGAGAAAUUAAUGUCAGAGCUUGGUGAAAAUCCAAUUGUUGAAGUAAAAUACUGUCCAAAUAUGAAAAUCCUCCAAUGCGGUGGUGUGGAAUUUGGUGGUCUAAUGUCACAAUCUAUUGGAAGACGUCCUUUAAAAGGAAUUCCAGUACUUGAAAGUUAUCAAUUUGUGCCUCACUUUCCAACUCCAUGCUUCUCUAAAAUUGACGUUGGACGCUUUUGUGUGGAAUUGGCAAUCGAAAAUGAUCUUGUUGGAAAAGUUUCGUGCGUUGAGAUUGACAUGAACGAUGAUAGAGAACCAUUGUGUGAAUAUUUUGGACAGGCUUUGAAUGAUUUUCCUCUUGUGACAGCGACGUUGAAUUAUUUGACAUCCAAAGAUAUUGAAAUCUUUCAAACAACUGUCUCAAAUUCAGAAUUGUCAACAUUCAGCAACCAAACAUUUAUAAUUAAAUCAAAUUGUAUGUUUGAUGCUGAUUUCUUAGAGAAUGUGAAGAAAUACAUUAAUGAAAAUUCCUACAUCAUUUCUAGGGAAUCAAAGGAUCGUGAAAUUUAUCAUGAUUUUGAAGGAUGUGAAGGUUAUAAAAUAGUUGCUAUCAUUCCAACUGAAACUGAGACUGUAGUAAUGAUGAAUUACAAAAAGGUCCCGCAUCCAUGUCCAACAUCAAUAAUCAAAAUUACAAAUACCGAUCAAAGUUAUUCAUGGCUUGAUAUUUUGAAGAAAACAGCAAAAACGGAACCGACAUUAGUUUAUUCUGAAAAUGAAAGCCAAUCAGGAAUUUUGGGACUCGUUAAUUGUAUCAGAAAGGAACCAAGUGGACAUAAUUUACGUUGUGUAUUCAUCGAUGAUGAACAAGCACCGCCAUUUGAUAUUAACGAUCCAUUUUACAAAGCACAGCUUAACAAAGGUUUAGCUAAAAACAUUUUUCGAAAUGGCAAAUGGGGAAGCUAUAAACACUUUUUAGUCAAACCUAAUUAUGAAAAAAUGCAACAUGAAGAUUCUUGCUUUUUAAACAGUUUGGUUAAAGGAGAUCUCUCUUCUAUCAAAUGGCUUCAAAGUCCAAUCAAGAAUGAUUCUGACAAUAUUGUAAAAGUUCAAUAUGCUGCAUUAAACUUUAAAGAUACCAUGUUGGCUACAGGAAAAUUAUCAGCUGACACAGUGAGUGAGAAUAGAAUGGAAUUAAUGUGUAUAAUGGGAAUGGAAUUUUCUGGCAUAACAAAAGAAGGACGUCGUGUUAUAGGAGUGAUCCCUGCUGGUGCUUUGUCAACUCAUGUUGAAGUAGAUAAAUUGAUUUCAUGGGAAGUUCCUGAUCAUUGGACACUUGAAGAAGCUGUUACUGUUCCAAUUGUCUAUGGUACUGUUUAUACAGCAUUUUUCAUCACAACCAAAAUCAAGAAGGGAAAAUCAAUUUUGAUUCAUUCAGGCACAGGUGGGGUAGGAUUGGCGGCUAUUCGAGUAGCAUUUGCUUAUGGUUUGGAAGUAUUUACAACAGUAAGUACAGAAGAGAAGAAAAACUACUUGUUGAAUGAGUUCCCUGAACUAAAACGAGAAAAUAUUGGAAAUUCCCGUGAUACAUCAUUUGAAAAUAUGAUCAUGAAACGGACUCGAAGUAAAGGAGUUGAUUAUGUGCUGAAUUCUUUAUCUGAAGAUAAAUUAGCAGCAUCUUUGCGAUGUUUAGGUAGAGGUGGAAAGUUCCUGGAAAUUGGCAAAUUUGAUAUGGCCAAUGACAAUAAAUUAAGUCUUGGAGACUUUUUAAGAGAACUAACAUUUCACGCUAUUUUUGUCGAUAACAUACAUAAAUCACCAAAAGAAGAAAAAUUGACAUUGAAAAAGCUCUUGGACGAAGACAUUUCAAAAGGAAUAAUUAAGCCAUUGAAAACAACUGUAUUUAAUGCCGAUGAAGUUGAAGAUGCAUUCAGACUCUUAGCAAGUGGCAAACACAUUGGAAAAGUUGUUUUAAAGCUUCGUGAAAAUGAAUCUGACAAUGCAACAUUACCAAUCUCAGUUAUACCAAGAGUUUAUUGCAAUCCAGAACAUUCUUACAUUAUUUGUGGUGGUUUGGGAGGUUUUGGUUUAGAACUUGCUGACUGGUUGGUUUUGAGAGGUUGCAAAAAUUUAAUUUUGAGUACAAGCCGAGGAAUAACUUUGCCAUAUCAAGCAUUUCGCAUUAAAAUAUGGGAAUCAUAUGGCAUUCACGUACAGGUUAAUAAGUCAGACAUUACCACAAGACAAGGAUGUGAACAAUUGAUUAAUGAUGCUCUUAAGCUUGGCAAAGUUGGAGGAAUUUUCAAUUUGGCACUUCAAUUGCGAGAUAGUAUUCUGGAAAAUCAAACAGUCACCUCUUUUGAUGAAUGUAUGGCACCAAAGGCUUAUGCAACUAAAUAUUUGGAUGAAAUCUCAAGAACAAAGUGUCCAUUUUUGCAGUAUUUUGUAAUUUUCUCAAGUCUUGCUUGUGGACGAGGAAAUCCUGGACAAAGCAGCUAUGGUAUGGCUAAUUCUGUGAUGGAAAGAUUGAUAGAAGAACGACAUAUGCUAGGACUCCCUGCAAAAGCAAUUCAAUGGGGAGCAAUAGGAGAAGUUGGAGUUGUUGCGAAACAUCAAAAAGAUAAUAUUGAUAUGGUUUUUGGUGGAACUUUAUUUCAAAGUAUAGCCUCUUGUUUACAAGAACUUGACACGUUAAUAACUGUCGAGAGUCCCGUCGUCUCAAGCAUGGUUGUUGCUGAAAAAACAGUUCAAAGGUCUGGAAAAGGUGGCGUUAUUGAAAUGCUUAAGAAUAUCAUGUCAAUAAAGGAUAUGAAAUCAGUUUCGAUGGAAACAAAACUUUCAGAACUAGGCAUGGAUUCAUUAAUGACAGUUGAAAUUUCUCAAACUUUAGAACGAGACUUUAACAUUGUAUUGACAUCACAACAACUUCGAUCAAUGACAGUUGCACAACUAAAAGCACUUGAAAAUAACGAUACAGAUGCAGUUCCGAAAUCAGGACAGAUUAAUUUUGAAUUUUUAAUUCAGAAUUUUGGAGAUGAAUCUACAAGUCACUUGACCAUACUAAAGGUUAAUGAUCAAUUAGAAGAAACCGAUACGAAAGCGUUGAUUUUUCCUGGAAUUGAAGGUGUUGGUGGAAAAAUGUUCUUCGAUUUUGCAAAGAAAACAAAAUACCCAGCUUAUGUCGUGCAAUGCAUGAAUAUUUACGAUAUCAGUAACAUCAAUGAGAUGUGUGAUGCUUUAAUUGAGGAUGUCGCAGCACUCAUUGAAAUUGGCGAAACUGAUUUAGGAAAAACUGGCAAAGUCAUCAUUAUUGAUGGCUCUCCCAGUUUGUCAAAAAAAUUUAUCACCGAGAUAGUUCCAAAAUCAGGAAACGAUGAUCAAAUGAUUGAAACACUUGCUAUGGAUUCAAGCUUAAAGUAUGCCUUCCCAAAUGAUACUAGUAACCGUAGAAAACAAGUUCUAGAUGAGCCUACUUGGGAUGCAAAAUUAAAGAAGAUAGAUGAGAUUUAUUUGGAUUUUGAAAUCUAUUCAAAAGAAUUUAUCUCCAAAGCUGCAACACUUGUAAAGAAUCGUAUAACAGCAGGAUAUUAUUUAUCUUUAGAUGACUUUGCGAUCAUAAAGUCACCGAUAAAAUUAGUGAAACCAACUGAAGCACUAGUUUUUAACGAAGAACAUGAUUUUGGAUUAAAUAAAUUUUCAGACAGUGAAAUUGAAGUGACAAUUCUUGAAGGAAAUCACACAACAAUCUUAGAACAUCCGGAUGUCUUUAAAAUCAUUAAUUCUUCUUUUUAA